AUGACCAGCACUUCACAACCAUUCCACACUGAUCUCUAUAGCAACAAAACCAACACAUUCCACAUUGACCGUCCUGUGGAUACCGACUUUAUGAAACCUGCUGCUGCUGCCAAUGGAACACCGCAAUCACUCUAUAAGCUUGGGCCCAUGGUCGAUGACCCUGUGAGCACCACCGACAGCCUUGUUUAUGAUGGCACUCAAGCUUCAUCUGAUUUCUCUCCACCAGUAACACCUGUCCCCAUCAGGAAUCGCUCUCCCUCAUCAGACCUUCACACCAAACGUUCGUUUACGACCUCCGUGGUACCUGCCAAUAUCCCCACGCCAUCCUCUCUAGAGGAAGAUUUAGAAGAAGACAACUCACAGCUGAAACGACACUCUACACUGCAUUCUGUCAAGGAGAGCGAUAGCAUCCUUAAUGAAAGUGGUGGUGGACGAUCCCUUGCACGACAUCAUACAACAGGACAUGCCAGCAAAAAGAAGCCAAAACCCGAGAUUGGUAUCUCUGAAGAGUUUGCAAAGGAACUAUCAGCACGACGAAGAGCAUUCAAACGACUUUCUCGCCGUCAAGAAGACUUUGAUGAUGAUCGAGUGAUGGUCGGCACACGCGUGGAUAAGGAUCAUCGAGACUAUGUCCUCAUGUACAACAUGUUAACGGGUAUCCGUAUUGCCGUCGGUCGUGUGUCUGCCAAGGCCAAUCGCCCUGUCACCGAUGAGGAUUUUGCUGCUGCGCAUAAGCUUGCCUUUAAUGUUACGGGUGAUGAAUUGACGCCAGGAGCCAAAUACGACUUUAAAUUCAAGGAUUACGCCCCAUGGGCUUUUCGACAACUUCGUGAACAAUUUGGUAUCGAUCCAGCUGAUUAUCUGGUGUCGUUGACAAGCAAGUAUAUCCUUUCUGAGUUGGGCUCUCCCGGCAAGAGUGGCAGCUUCUUUUAUUAUUCAAGAGACUAUCGUUUCAUCAUCAAGACCAUCCAUCAUUCUGAACACAAGUAUUUGCGUAAAAUCCUCAAAGACUACCAUGCACACGUUAUGAACAACCCAGAUACACUGCUUUGCAGAUACUAUGGUUUACAUCGUGUCAAACAACCUCGAGGACGCAAGAUUCACUUUGUUGUCAUGGGCAAUGUAUUCCCGCCAAACAAGGAUAUCCACGAGACCUAUGAUCUCAAGGGAUCACUGGUGGGACGAUUACUACCAGAAGAAGAAAUCAAAAAGUCCAAGAAUGCGGUGAUGAAGGAUCUCAACUUCCAAAAGAACAAUCGCAAGCUACAAAUGGGACCACAAAAGAGAAAACUUUUUAUUGGCCAACUCAUGCGUGAUGUCAAGCUCCUUGUACGCCUCAACAUUAUGGAUUACAGCUUACUGAUUGGCAUUCACAAUAUGGUGCGUGGCAACAAGGAUAACAUUCGUGAUUCGACUUUGCAAUUCUUCCAGCCGGACACAAAACGUGCUGAGCGUCAUGCAUCCAUGUUAAAGCGACGACAAACCAAAGCACAAGUUGUACGUAAAGCGAUCGCACAGACAAAUCCAGAGCGUCUUGAUUCUUCCAAAUUACCAGAGGAUCCUCAUGAACGUAGAAACUGUAUCUUUUAUUCGGAUGAAGGUGGUUUCCGAUCCACUGAUGAAGAAGAUCGGCCCACAUCGGCACUGUACUACAUGGGCAUCAUUGACAUCCUCACACCAUACGACUCUAAGAAGAAAUCCGAGCACUUUUUCAAAUCAAUGACCCAAGACAAACACGCCAUCUCAGCAGUGGAGCCUUUGGAAUAUGGUAACCGAUUCAUGGGCUUCAUGGCCAAAACGCUCGAAUAUCACAAUGACAUUCCUCAAGAAUACCAAAUGGGUCCCGAACGACGCCAUCGUCUCCACUUUUAA